AUGUAAAGAUUAUCUGAUCAUUAAUAGAACAAUCUUCAGAUUUUGUGAUGUUUGAAUAUAUUUGCAUUUGGAAUCAAACCAGAAUGCAGCAUGACUCUUGUAGGCAUGUGGCUAUUAAAAUACACUGAAGAUUUUUCCAGAAACAAAAUUUUUUUUUCCCAGCAAUAAAAAUACUCAAAUUUUGGGUUUCCAUGGAUCUCAAUAGUGCCAGCACUGUUGUUCUUCAGGUCUUGACACAGGCCACCAGUCAGGAUACUGCUGUGUUAAAACCAGCUGAGGAGCAGUUGAAGCAGUGGGAGACACAGCCAGGUUUCUAUUCAGUGUUGCUGAAUAUUUUUACAAACCACACUUUGGAUAUAAAUGUAAGGUGGCUUGCUGUACUGUAUUUUAAACAUGGAAUUGAUCGCUACUGGAGACGUGUAGCACCUCACGCUCUCUCAGAGGAGGAGAAAACUACUCUGCGUGCAGGGCUCAUCACCAACUUCAAUGAACCAAUAAACCAGAUUGCAACUCAGAUUGCAGUGCUGAUUGCAAAAGUUGCUAGAUUGGAUUGUCCCAGACAGUGGCCUGAACUAAUUCCCACUCUUAUAGAGUCUGUUAAAGUCCAGGAUGAUCUUCGACAGCACAGAGCAUUACUUACCUUCUAUCAUGUUACCAAGACACUGGCAUCUAAACGACUUGCUGCUGAUAGAAAACUAUUUUAUGAUUUAGCUUCUGGAAUUUAUAAUUUUGCCUGCUCUCUGUGGAAUCACCACACAGACACAUUCCUGCAACAAGUUUCUUCUGGCAAUGAAGCUGCAAUUCUGAGUUCACUAGAACGAACUCUGCUAUCAUUGAAAGUGCUGCGUAAGUUAACUGUUAAUGGAUUUGUGGAACCUCAUAAGAAUAUGGAGGCGAUGGGUUUUUUACAUGGAAUAUUUGAACGUCUAAAACAGUUUCUGGAAUGCAGUAGAAGUAUAGGUACAGAUAAUGUGUGUAGAGAUAGACUGGAAAAGACCAUCAUUCUUUUUACUAAAGUGCUUUUGGACUUCUUGGAUCAGCAUCCCUUUUCAUUUACUCCUCUAAUUCAGAGAUCACUGGAAUUUUCUGUAAGCUAUGUUUUUACAGAAGUUGGUGAAGGCGUUACAUUUGAACGAUUCAUUGUCCAAUGUAUGAAUCUUAUUAAGAUGAUUGUCAAAAAUUAUGCUUAUAAGCCAUCCAAAAAUUUUGAAGAUAGCAGCCCUGAAACUCUUGAAGCCCAUAAGAUUAAGAUGGCAUUCUUCACAUAUCCUACUUUGACUGAGAUAUGUAGAAGAUUAGUCUCUCAUUAUUUUCUGUUAACUGAAGAAGAACUGACAAUGUGGGAAGAAGACCCAGAAGGCUUUACAGUGGAAGAAACAGGAGGAGAUUCUUGGAAAUAUAGUUUGAGGCCAUGCACCGAAGUAUUAUUUAUAGAUAUAUUCCAUGAAUAUAAUCAGACUCUUACUCCUGUACUUCUAGAAAUGAUGCAAACACUUCAAGGACCCACAAAUGUGGAAGAUAUGAAUGCACUGUUAAUCAAAGAUGCUGUGUAUAAUGCUGUUGGAUUAGCUGCUUAUGAGCUCUUUGACAGUGUUGAUUUUGAUCAGUGGUUUAAAAACCAGCUUCUUCCAGAAUUACAAGUCAUUCACAAUAGGUAUAAGCCAUUGCGACGCAGGGUGAUUUGGCUCAUCGGUCAGUGGAUUUCUGUGAAAUUCAAGUCUGACUUAAGACCCAUGCUUUAUGAAGCAAUCUGUAACUUGCUUCAAGAUCAAGAUUUAGUGGUCCGUAUUGAAACAGCUACAACUUUGAAGUUAACUGUUGAUGAUUUUGAAUUUAGAACAGAUCAGUUUCUACCGUAUUUGGAAACCAUGUUCACACUACUUUUUCAGUUACUGCAGCAAGUUACAGAAUGUGACACAAAGAUGCACGUUUUGCAUGUCCUUUCUUGUGUGAUUGAAAGAGUCAACAUGCAGAUACGACCAUAUGUGGGAUGUUUGGUACAAUAUUUGCCCCUCCUUUGGAAGCAGAGUGAAGAACACAAUAUGUUGAGAUGUGCUAUUUUGACAACACUUAUUCAUCUUGUUCAGGGAUUAGGAGCAGACAGCAAGAACCUGUACCCUUUCCUGCUCCCAGUUAUUCAACUGAGUACAGAUGUUUCCCAGCCUCCACAUGUUUAUCUUCUGGAAGAUGGUUUAGAAUUAUGGUUAGUAACUUUGGAAAACAGUCCAUGUAUUACACCAGAGUUGCUUCGUGUAUUUCAGAAUAUGUCACCACUUCUUGAACUAAGUUCAGAAAAUCUUAGAACUUGCUUUAAGAUCAUCAAUGGUUAUAUCUUUUUAUCAUCAACAGAAUUUUUACAGACAUACGCUGUAGGUCUAUGCCAGUCCUUUUGUGAACUUUUAAAGGAAAUUACUACAGAAGGUCAAGUUCAGGUGCUCAAGGUUGUGGAAAAUGCCCUUAAAGUGAACCCAAUAUUAGGUCCGCAAAUGUUUCAACCGAUUUUACCCUACAUUUUCAAGGGUAUUAUAGAAGGGGAGAGGUAUCCUGUAGUGAUGUCCACGUAUCUUGGAGUUAUGGGUCGAGUUCUACUACAAAACACUAGUUUUUUUUCUUCACUACUUAAUGAGAUGGCCCAUAAAUUUAAUCAGGAGAUGGACCAGCUUUUGGGAAAUAUGAUUGAAAUGUGGGUUGAUCGAAUGGACAACAUUACCCAGCCUGAAAGAAGAAAACUUUCAGCUUUGGCUUUGCUCUCUCUUUUGCCAUCCGAUAAUAGUGUUAUCCAAGAUAAAUUCUGUGGGAUUAUAAACAUUUCAGUGGAAGGCCUGCAUGAUGUCAUGACGGAAGAUCCUGAAACAGGAACUUAUAAAGACUGUAUGUUGAUGUCUCAUCUUGAGGAACCAAAAGUAACAGAAGAUGAAGAACCACCCACAGAACAAGAUAAGAGGAAAAAGAUGCUGGCCCUGAAGGACCCUGUUCAUACAGUGUCACUGCAGCAGUUCAUCUACGAGAAGCUCAAGGCACAGCAGGAGAUGCUAGGAGAACAAGGUUUCCAGUCCCUCAUGGAAACAGUGGACACGGAGAUUGUCACCCAGCUACAGGAGUUUUUGCAAGGAUUCUAAGAGCACAUGACAUGUGGCUGCCUCCCCUUCAGAAACAAGCUGAAUAACCCAGCCUGCUGUUUGUAUGUGAGAGCCUGCUGAGAUGAAGAAAUCACUUCAUGAAAAUAAGCAAAGACCACACAUUUUUUACUACAAAAUGUAAAGGAUAAAUGUAAAUCCUGCAUAACUAAAAUCACAAACCUAUUCCUCAAAAGAAUUUAAUUUUAUAUUUAUGAGGGGGCCCUUCACUAAAAAGUACAUGUAAAAGUACAUUUGAUGACAGUAGCUGCUUAGUUUCCUGUUAAGAGAAGAAACUUUAUCUUUCAGUUAUGUGCUCUUAAUAUUUGAAGAUGAGAGUUAAUACCCGAGAUGUUUUUCUGCAACCAAAAUUCGUUAAAUUUGGCUGCCUUAUUUUUAAGCUAAUGAAACUGCAGGUUUGAAAAAUGACAAAGCUGUUCAGAUGAUGCUAUUAAAGAAAUGUGUGUACUAAGCAAAAAUAUAUAAAUAGUGACAAAUACACAUUAUCAAGCUUAUCUUGCAAGGGAGUUAUUUUCAUCUAACAUAGAAAGUGUGUUUUAUCAGACAAAUGCUUUUAUUUUCAUUCGAAUAAUUUGAUACAGAAAUUAGUAAAGGCAUUUUUUCUUUUUUUUUUUCCAGUAAAUACACUGGGUCUAUAAAUGUACAUUUGUAAGGCCCACAAAAGUGAACGUGUGGUACUGCAGUACCAUGUGGGAGACCUCUGGUUAUGGUUUAGUCCUAGUUCCUUUGUUACUCCUGUGAGCACCGAGAAGAACUGGGCGACUCCCAGUCCCACCUGUGCUGUGACAGUCCCACGUGGCUAUGACAGACUGUUUAGUACUUACCUUUCUCAGGUUCCUCAGUGCAGGGGUGCAUCAGGGCCUCAAUAAUAGGGGUAUACCUGGGAGGAUCCAGCAGUAAUCCCCAGGGUACUAGGAUUACUAGUACUCUGAUGGAACUAGUCUUCCUUCCUUAUUCCUCCAACAUGCAGUACAUAAAAAGGGGAAAAGGAGAAAAAAAAAGCCUUACUUUGUUUUACUUGCCAUUUAUUGUAAGGAAACUUUAAACCAUUUUUUAGGAAAUACUCAAAAGCAAGGUUGGAAAAUGUUUUAUCUUUCUAUAGAAAGUUGGGUACAGUAUGUAACUGCGGGAAACCCACUGCCCCUUUGUAAGCUGUGGAACCCAAAAUGUAUGGGGAUAUUUGAUGUUUUCAGAAAGAGGAAGAAAAUAUGGUCCAAAUUAAAUUUUCCAAAGAUACCUCA